CAUACCGACCUACGGCUAUUGGCUAUUGCUAAUCAAAAUGACCUAUUCGUUUUCACAUUUGCAAAACUGAUCUGAGCUGCUUCAGAAGAGAUUUAUCUAAAACAUCAAGUGAAUUUGCAAGGUUAUAAUUUUACUCUUUGUUAUCUUGAUUCUUACUGAUCUUCAGCAAUUCAAUCUCCACAAUUUUAUUACCGCCAGGGGGGGUUUCUUGGUCUUGUGUUCAUUUACCAACCCAGAAUACAGAAAGGGGUGUACGAAAACGGUAGUCACACAGAUUCUGUGCUUGAUCUUGAUUGGAACAAGAAAUUCAAAUACAGUUUCAUGUAACAUUAUGAUAUCUACAAAUGCUGUUGUACUAAACAUAAUAUGGUUUUUCAAUUCACAAAAGCAAAGUCCUGGCGAGCACAGAGAAGUACGCGAGCUUACAGCCAAAGCUUUGUAAGUUGCUUGAUGCCAUCAAACACAAUGGAUCAAAAGAGACGCCUAAGAAUAUUGAUGGUAUCUGAUUUUUUUUACCCUAACUUUGGUGGUGUGGAGAAUCACAUUUAUCUGCUCUCCCAAUGUCUUCUUAAGCUUGGUCACAAGGUAGUUGUUAUGACUCAUGCUUAUGGAAAUCGUUCUGGGGUGCGGUAUAUGACUGGUGGUCUGAAAGUCUACUAUAUACCGUGGAAACCAUUUCUCAUGCAGAAUACAUUGCCAACCUUCUAUGGGACACUUCCAAUUGUACGGACAAUCCUUGUUCGGGAGAAAAUUUCCUUGGUGCAUGGACAUCAAGCCUUCUCAACUCUUUGUCAUGAAGCUUUGAUGCAUGCACGGACCAUGGGAUACAAAGUCGUAUUUACUGAUCACUCACUCUAUGGGUUUUCUGAUGUAGGAAGCAUUCACAUGAAUAAGGUAUUGCAAUUUACUUUGGCAGAUGUGAAUCAGGCAAUAUGUGUUUCUCAUACAAGCAAGGAAAAUACGGUCCUGAGGUCCGGAUUACCCCCAGAAAAGGUCUUCAUGAUACCAAAUGCUGUUGACACGGCUAUGUUCACACCUGCACCAGAGAAAUUGAGUCGUGAUGAAAUUAUUAUUGUUGUGAUAAGCAGACUAGUUUACCGGAAGGGGGCUGAUUUGCUUGUAGAAGUCAUUCCUGAAGUCUGCCGUUUGUACCCAAAUGUCCGAUUCAUUGUUGGAGGGGAUGGCCCUAAACGAGUGCGUCUGGAAGAAAUGAGGGAAAAACAUUCACUUCAAGAUCGUUUCGAAAUGUUAGGGGCUGUUCCACAUGCUCAAGUACGGUCUGUCUUGAUUACUGGACAUAUCUUCUUGAAUAGUUCCCUGACAGAAGCAUUCUGUAUAGCAAUAUUGGAAGCUGCUAGUUGUGGGUUGUUAACCGUCAGUACACGAGUAGGAGGUGUCCCAGAGGUACUUCCUGAUGGCAUGAUUGUUCUGGCAGAACCGGUACCAAGCGACAUGGUGCAAGCAGUAAAGAAGGCAAUAGACAUACUUCCGAAUAUUGACCCCCAAGCUAUGCACCUUCGUUUGAAACAAUUAUAUAGUUGGCAUGAUGUGGCCAGAAGGACUGAAGUUGUAUAUGAUCGUGCAUUGACAUGUUCUGAAGAGAAUCUUCUGCCACGCCUCUCACGGUACCUUACUUGUGGUGCUUGGGCUGGCAAACUUUUCUGCUUGGUUAUGAUCAUAGAUUUCUUGUUAUGGCAUCUCUUACAACUAUGGCAGCCCUUUGAAGAUAUAGAUGAGGUGCCUGAUUUUGUGCUUCCUCAUCAAGAACAAGAAGCUUCUCGAUCUCACCAAGAUUAAAGCCUAAGCUAGCAGGCUCCUGAUUGCAAGUUCAACUUAUAUAUCAUUUGCUGAUUGGCGUCAACAGAAUGAAGAAUAGUUCACACUACAGAGUGUGAUGAUUUGCAUGUGAAGCACCUAAUCAAUUGGUCGAAAUAGCAGAACAAUGGCAUCAGAAGAUCCUUCACAAAAUCCUACUUAAAGCUGACUACACCCAAUUCCCUUAAUAUACAAUUCUUGACUUCUUUGUUGAGGCUUUGGAAGACCAUGCCGCGUUGAACCGCCGAACAGGAAAAAGAUUGCGAGAAAGUAAACAGCACACUACCCUAAUUGAAGUCUUCUAUUAGGAACUCUGGUCCAUGUACUGUUGUUGUAUAUAUAUUAAUAUCACGAUCCAUUUUGCAAUGAAGUAUGGUCAAAUUUCCUAGUAAAACUACCACCUUUUAUUUCA